GCAUGUCAGUGCCAAUUUCCUGCCCGUUUAGAUAUUUUGGCGUACCUGCUUACCAAUACACUCACCCACAAAUGUCCAUAGUUGAGGCUCUCAGGACAUUUGUUGAUCAUUCUCAGAUCUCAUCGUCGACUGUCAUGAUAGUAGCCGAUGGCAGGGGUUGUGGACAGGCUUGUCGGGGACCAAAAAUAUCUCAGCUCCACUUUUGAACAACAAACUUCUUUCUCCACGGUGAUUUUGCUUGAUCAAUGGAAGACACCUAACACACCUCGACCCAGGGCUAGCGGUUCAGCGGCUGAACACGAUGAGAAAAUCGGUGGUUGGAAUGAUCAGCCCGAUGGGACCACGGAAGGAAUUAGUGCCUGGCGCAGGACAAGGAUCGUAAAGCUGGCAGUGUAUUAUUGGCACCGCCACUGCAAGCGAACGGUGGGAUCUGGCGACCGGCAUUUCAAUACAAUGCACGCAAAGAUGGGCAUUAAUAUGAAAACCCGGGAGCUGGACAUAAUUCUCGCUUGCUUGCAGGCAGGCGCUGGUGUAAGCCGGGGCAGGCAAGUAAGUCGGGUCAACCGCAGGACAAGUUUCAACGUCAAUGGGAAACUAACCCGACGGACUACUCGCAAUAGUUUCUCAAAGAUUAUUGCUAAAAAUACGCUGCCGGAGAAAUAGGACUGCGAGUAACGAAAAAUGCUUCUUUCGUUGCGGGUAGCAACUCGCUGUAGGACGAGGUCAAGCGCAGCGUCUGAAAGUGCGAUGUAUUGAUCAAGGCUGUAAGCUGCCACAGCCAUCUGUUAGUCCCAGAAGCCUCAGUUAAUUAAAUAACGGAGUG